AUGCGUUUCGUCGGCACAAAAGAUAAACCAGCUGUUUAUGGCAGUAUAGCCGCCGUAUCCCUUAUGAUCCUCACCGGUUUAACCCUCGCCGGUACGGGCGUGGUGUUAAUCGUUAUGACGCCGGUUUUCGUAUUUCUUAGCCCGAUUCUCGUACCGGCGGUUAUCACUUCGAGUUUCCUGGCCACGGGGUUCUUAGCUUCUGGGAGCCUCGGAGCAUCGGCGAUCGCCCUCCUCGUCUGGCUCUACAAGAAAGAAGAAGAGCAUUUUAGAUAUAAUCUGCAUGCGCGAGUUCGGCCUAAAGGGGAUAUAGGUGGCAACCUGUCGGGAGGAGAUAGGCCGCCGGAAAAAGAUACGGUGGCGGGGGAAAUUAAGCCGGCAGAAAGAGAAAAGCCGGUGGAGGAAGAAAAGCCCUCAGAAAAAGAGAAAUUGUCUGAAAGAGAUAAUCCGGCGGAGGAGGAUAAGUCUCCAGGGGUAGUUAAUCAUGCGGAGGAAGAGCCAACAAUAAUCCCUGAGAUCUCAAAGGUUUUGUUGGCGGAGCAAAAUACAGUUGGCCCCCAGCGUUACGGUUCAAGUACUUCUACUCAAAGAUCGCAUCAUCAAAUUCGUUUGGCCAUGGAUCCUACUAAAGUAAGAUCCCUUUUUAUGAAAGAAUGCCAAAAAGUCCCUCGUGUAGGAGCGUCUGCAUAUAAAUACUUUACUUCACGUGACAAAAAAUACUUCUAUUCACACAGUUAAAACCAUAUAUGCAUGUAUAUCCACAUUGUUUUAAGUAACAUUGUAAU